AUGUACGCCUUCAAGCUUCUCCCACUUCUUGCCGCCUUGGUUCUUGCCGAGAAUCAGGGACAAGGCUGCAACCCUGACAAGUACACCAUGGGCUGCUCCGGGCAGAACAUUGUCAAGUGUUACACAUGGGAAGGCAGAUCUAAGCCAACCUGGAACUUUGUCCAAUCGUGUUCGGACAGCAACCAGAAAUGCUGCAACGGUAUUUGCACGUCUAAUAAAUGCAACUGA